CGAGACGGCAACGCUUCAUGAGUCACCGUGUCGUUUCAUAAGCUUCGAAGCCUCGGUGUCUCACCAGCUCACUCUUAUCUGCCUGCUGAGCGGUCGGCUGCUUUCCGGGAGACGGAGCUGAACAUGGCUGAGCUUGAUGAAAAAUUUAACAAAGCUGCAGAAGAGGUGAAAGUCCUGAAACAGAAGCCAACAGAUGAUGAGAUGCUGCAGAUCUACUCUCUGUACAAGCAGGCGACUGUGGGUGACGUCAACACGGCUCGGCCAGGAAUGAUUUCGCUGGAUUUCACUGGAAAAGCAAAAUGGGAUGCGUGGGAUAAGCGGAAAGGCAUGAGCAAAGAGGAAGCCAUGGAGAAGUACAUUGAGUUGGUGGAGGAGAUGAAGCAGAAGUAUGGAUUGGAAUGAUAACAUGGAAUGGAUGUAACACCACUUGAAAGAACAUGACCUUAAAACCCAACCACCAGCUAGCUGAUGGACUACUCAUGUCUUCCACCAGCACACAUCUCAUUUUUAUUGUUUUCUACCACUGGUUCUUGUCAUUUCAAAAUAAAGUCAUGAUUUUCAGUUUAA